AUGAUGCGUGGAAUGUUUGAGAAAAUAGAAGAGUUUAGAGAAUUCAAGCAGGCGAAUCCCGAAUCGAAGAAAGGACACAAGUAUACCGUUCCUGGUUUUAUGCUUCCGUUUAAGAUAUGGAUUUUGGAGACGUUCCAAGAGGCAAGGAAGUAUUAUAUACACAUGCCAACAAAAUUGCCACGGAUGAGGGCGUGGAGAAGUAAAUCACCGUUAACUUGGGAUGAAUGUUGUCGAAUAAUGAACGUGUCUGUGCCUAACAACCAACCUAUUAAUGUCGUGGCAAACCCGGAGGAGCUGAUGUUGCUGUUUUAUCUUCGUUAUGUGAAUUGGAGUCUUAACCCUGUAGAGUCUCCCCCAUGGCAACAUAGUCCUAUUCAAAAUAGUCCACCUCAUCAUGUUGCCUCGCCUGCUCAAAAAAGGAUGUACAAGUCCGAAAUAGAAACAUCUUCGACUGAAUCUGCCACAAAUGCUUCUUCCUCGCAACAUCUUGAUACAAGUUAUAAAGUAGAUAAGAAGAAGACGAGCACAAAGGCAGUAGUGAAGCGUCUACUAGGCAUUGUGCCAGACUUAAGUUCUAAAGUAGACCGUGUAUUACAGAAAAAAGAUCAACCAGACAGAGGGUUUCAAGAGGAGGAACAAAUGAUAAAUGAAGAGGAGGAAGAAACAUAUUACCAUGAUACAAAUUUUGACUAUGAUGAUAUCGGUACUCAUGGUUUGGAGGGGGAAUUUGGGCCUACACCUACGCAUGUGGAGCAUUCAUCGGACGUGGGUGAACAUCACACAAAAGAAAUGACUCCUAUUGUUAGACCGCAACGAAAGAGGGGUGUUCCAUGGUAUCAGCGGACUCCGUUCACAUUGGUACAAAACUCAUAUUUUAAAUUUGAUAUAUAUUUAAAAUAUUAA